GACGAGGCUCAUAUCGUAAUCGUGAGGGGAGCCGAAUCGGCAAUACUCGCGAUACACGAUGGAACAGAAUUCCGAAUGGUACUACCAGAGGUGUUGCGGGAGAAAAGCCGUGCGAGUGUAUCGCGAAGCCGCAAGCGAAGUCAGCAUAACACAGAUUCGUAGAACAUCGGAUGAUGCGGCUCAGGCAAUGACGAGAUGUUCGCUUCGAUCGUUCAUCGUAUUCAAAUGAGAAUGUACGGGCAUGCCUCCCGUUAAGAAAACAUUGGCGGAAGAACAACAGAGGCAGCUCGUGAUGUCUCGGAAUCAUCGACAACCUUGGAAUGCUUCGAGUCUUCCACCGGUCCUACACAGUUCUCCAAAUCAGUUUCGGUCACUGUAUACGCUAAUACCAUCGACGUUGUGUGUGGGGCUUGGUCAUCUGAUUUCUGAUAAUAAAGAAGCUCAGGAGAGACUCGGGCUGUGUAAUGAUUACACCCUGCAUCUCAGGGUUACGGUCAAACGAAACACUUCAGUUCACAACGAUGAUGGUUCGCGGGCUUCUGCGACUGCGACCAAAAACAGUAUAGCCUGGUCCUGUGCGCAUUUCCGAAUUGGUGCUGAUGUUGGAUAUCGAUUUUGCGUCGUCGUAUAAUUGUCAGAGUAUGCUGUGCACAACAGAAAGAUGGGUCGCCUUCCGACGCACUCCCUGGCUGCUUGGAACCGUUCACGCAGGAUCAUAUCCUGGAGUCGGGAUUCAUAAACGCUGUCGAAC